AUGUCCUUCUUUGAGAUCACCAGCGGAAAGCAUGAGCUGAUUCACCCUCUUAGGGUGGAGCUCAAUCUGAAACUCCGCUUGCCCGAGGAGGCUCGGGUCUCUCCGUGGCAGGGACGGUGGCUGCGGCUGAUGGCGGCAUCUCAAGAUGCUUGCAAACUGGAACACAAAGAAGUUUUGGUUGGCUUGUUGUUCCUGGUUUUCCCAUUCAUCCCAGCCAGCAACCUCUUCUUCAGGGUGGGAUUUGUGGUGGCAGAGCGAGUCCUUUACAUGCCGAGUAUGGGGUACUGCAUCCUUUUUGUCCACGGUCUGAAAAAGCUGUCUACGUGGUUAAAUAAGUGGAGGAUUGCUCUUCUGACCCUCUUUGCUUUACUGCUGCUGCUCUUCUCUUGGAAGACCGUGAAACAGAAUGAGAUCUGGCUGUCACGAGAAUCCCUCUUCAGCUCGGGAGUGAAGACCCUGCCCCACAACGCCAAGGUGCACUACAACUACGCCAAUUUUCUGAAAGACCAAGGCCGUAACGUUGAGGCGAUCUACCACUACAAAACUGCUCUCAAACUGUACCCUCGUCACGCAAGCGCUCUCAACAACUUGGGGACGUUGACCAAAGACGUGGUGGAGGCAAAGGACUACUACAGACGGGCCCUUCAGUUAAACCCUCAGCACAAUCGAGCUCUCUUCAAUCUCGGCAACUUGCUCAAGUCCCAAGGGAGGAAGGACGAAGCUGUCAUCUUACUGCGGGACUCCAUCAAGUACGGCCCAGACUUCGCAGAUGCUUACUCAAGCCUGGCCUCGCUGCUGGCCGAACAGGAACGGCUGAAGGAAGCAGAGGAGGUCUACAAGGCUGGCAUAGAGAAUUGUCCAGAGAGCUCCGAUCUGCACAACAACUACGGUGUUUUCUUAGUAGAUACCGGGGCUCCCGAGCGAGCUGUGUCCCACUACAGGCAGGCCAUCCACCUGAGCCCCGCUCACCACGUGGCCAUGGUGAACCUGGGCAGGCUUCACCGCUCCCUGGGGCAGAACAAAGAGGCCGAAGCGUGGUACAAGCGGGCCCUGAAGGUCUCCCGGAAGGCUGAAGUCCUGUCCCCGCUGGGGGCUCUGUAUUACAACACAGGGCGGUAUGAAGAAGCCUUGCAGGUUUACAGGGAAGCGGCGUCGCUGCAGCCUUCCAACAAAGAGGUCCGACUGGCGCUGGCUCAGGUUUUAGCAAUGAUGGGGCGGACGAAGGAAGCUGAGAAGAUGACGAACCAUAUACUCAGCGAGGAUGUGGAAUGUCUGGAGUGCUACCGCCUUCUGUCAGCCAUCUACAGCAAGCAGGAGCACUAUGCCAAGGCACUUGGAGCUAUAGAAAAAGCUCUGCAGCUAAAACCAAAGGAUCCAAAAGUCUUAUCAGAGCUCUUUUUCACUAAAGGGAACCAGCUAAGAGAACAGAAUCUUCUUGACAAGGCUUUUGAGAGCUAUAAACGGGCUGUGGAGCUCAACCCAGACCAAGCACAGGCCUGGAUGAAUAUGGGAGGCAUUGAGCACAUCAAGGGGAGCUACGUCACUGCCCGUGGCUACUAUGAGAAAGCCUUACAGCUGGUUCCAAACAGCAAGUUGUUGAAGGAGAAUCUGGCCAAACUGGAUCGCUUGGAGAAACGGUUUCAGGAAGUCCAGGAGAAAGACCAGACAUAGCAUUCAGUCACCAGUGGAAAGAAACUCACGCCCCUUGGAGAAGAGUACGGUGGAAGCCCAUUGCUCAAAGCGAUGGUGGAGGAACUUGGACAGGACUCAGAAUUACGGAAGGCAAAUUUUAAAUGCAUGCUUACGUUUGACCAAAGUUGCAGGAGAAACUCAGCUCAUGUGGGAUGUGCUGGAGAAUGGAUGAAAACCUUCCUUUGAUCAAGAUUUAUGUUUAGGCUGAACCCAUUUUAAUCACACCAGGAGUGUGGGUGGGACAUGUACCU